AUACUCGGCGUAUAGUGCUGGGGAUUCCCCCGAAUGUUAUCGUUGUUCUAUUGUAUACGAAACCUAUGUAGUGUAGACAUAGUUGGUGGUUGUCAACAGGGAAAUCGAGAUAGAUUCACACAGGAUAUUCUCUUUUAGACUAAAUCCAUAAAAACUUGUAUACCGACAGUUUACCGAUUAAAAAAAGCUAUAGAUUCAGUCCAGGAAGGAGGAGUGACAAAAAAUUAUGCCAUCUCGAGACAGACGGUACGACACUGUCGUAAACAUGAACCAGACGACCAGAAGGCCUCGUGUCUCGGUGUGUACUUCUGCCCAAGUAUUCAACAUCCAAGCCUUCAUCGAUGUGUUGCUUCUGAAAUAUACCGAUAUCGUAAGCGAUGUUCGCUACUUCGAGCUACCCUACAACGAUAUUGAUCAUUUUAGUUUUCGAAACAAGGGAAUCGACGUCAUGAUUUUGUGUCACUCUAUCAACAACAGAAGGUUCGCCAUCACAGAUGUUACUGAUGCCCUUUAUGAUGAAUUCCUGCCAAAUGCCGUCAGAGCGCUCGGCAAAACAAAGAUCUGCGUUUUAGUCCACGAUUUCAGAGCAGACAACCUGGACACGGUCGAGAAGUACCGCAAUCAGAUGGAUGCGUUUCUUUCCAAGCAGCCAACAACCUUCAAAUGCGCUAACCUCAUCAUGGUGGGAGGGAAACUAGAUGAGAAGGUGGAGCUUGGUAAUAGUCAGUGGGAGGAGCUACGUGCAUUCCUCAUGGAUGCUAGCCAAUCACCAGAGCAUAUCCCAGGCAUUUACCCGUACAUGCUGUAUGACCUAGUGAAUAGUGUCUGUCAGAAUAUUCAGAGGUCACCAAAAUACCAAGUUUUCCUUGUUGUCGGUGUCUUGAUUAUUGGCUUGAUAAUAGUGUUACUCACGGUGUUGGUCGAUUCAAAAUAGGAAAAUGAUGUGUCAUAAGGUAAUUUUUUUUUCAAUCUUGGUGGAAAGUAAACAAAUGUGAAAAAUGGGAUCACACUUGAAGGGAAUCUUUUCGGGUAAACUAGAAAUUGCUUGAGUAUCACUUGCGUUUAAGAGUGUUGAUAAAUGUUAACAAUCUAAUUAACAUUCCUGUUCUGCUGUUUCUUUACAGAUUUUUGGAAAAUAUUUGUAUAUAAACGCACUGUUAGGUUUCUAAAUAAAUUUAGUAUAAUGGGUAGCUAUCAGUGUGGCUUUCGAAACAAGAUUUUUUUAUGGCCUUUAUUAUUAUUGUAGAAAAGUUUGUAGACGCGAUUUUGAACCCAAUUGUUUUAUUGUGGGUGUUUUUAUAGAUAUUUGGAGCGUUCUGGCCCAGUGGAUGAGUCUUCUGACUUUGAAACAGAGGGUCGUGGGUUCGAAUCUCAGCCAUGGCGUAAUUUCCUUCAGCAAGGAAUUCAUCCACGUUGUGCUGCACUCAACCCAGGGGUGGUAUUCUGAAAAUUGUCUUGACUUUCUUUGUAACUCAGCAAGAUACCAACCCGCUAAAAUUGUCUUAAAUCGGUAUUCUGAAAAUUGUCUUAUCUCUGUAAGGACUUCCCCUAUUUAAUCUCUGACACGCCUAAUAUUUUAUCAUCAACCAAUCAUUAAACUUUUUAUAUGUUUCGGUCAACCAAAAAAAAGAAAAAAAAAUUAUUAGGCGCAUUGUUGACAUGCGGCGUAAUUUCCUUUGCGCCACCGACGCUUAUGCUUGUACGUUACUGUGCUAAAAUACACGUGGCUUUUCUCAGAGUCAUUUUCUCUGAAAAGAUUCAUCAUCUGGAAUGCCAAUUUUCAAUUGCUGAAAAGUCUACCAAUCCGUCGUUAUAACGUCUUUGGAAUGUCUCCUUUUGUAAAACAUGAAGUUCUUGCGGGAUGCAGCAAGAAAUUAUCAUUGUUGACCGAGAGAACACAAAGAUAAGAGAAUAAUAAUUUUCAGAAUACCUUUUAUCUCGACUGUUAUCUUGCGCACAGAGGUAUAUGCUCCGUUUUUAACUUAACGCAUCACUUGUAACUCUAACGUCAUAAGCGCUUAAUUAGUGAAAGUUACAAGAAAAUUUACAAGAUAAGAUACAAGAGUUUUCAGAAUACGGAUUUUAUUGUAACUAUAAAGAUACAAGAAUAUUUCUGAAGACAAUUUUCAGAAUACGGCCCCUGGUGAGAUGAAUGGAUACCUGGCAGGAAUUUAUUCCUUGAAAUGCCACCGCGCUGUAAAAAGGCUGCGGGGGUUAAGUCAGGGUAAUAAUAUCCAAGUCCUUUGGAAGCGCAUAGGGACGUUAUGACAUAAUGUGAUAUGCGCUAUACAAGAACUACGUUAUUAUUAUUAUUUCAAACGCUUUUGAUAAUGAUAUCAUGCUAGCCAAAUGCACCACAGGAUUUGAGGACUAGCACAUAGUUGGUAUAUAAUAAACAUAAUAUCUGCUUUCCAGAACCUAACAAAAUAGUGUCCGGAGUGACACAAGGGUCCUUGUUAGGGCCUCUAUUACUUAUAUUGUGCAUAAAUGAUAUUGUAAAUGUGUCAAAUAUCCCAUCAUUCAUAUUAUAUGCUGAUGAUAUACAAAUAUACUGUCAAAUGGUAAAGAUCUAGCUUCUCUGCAAGAACAGGUGGGCUGAGCACGUGGUUCCAGGCAAAAAGGCGAUCUGUUAAAUGAGUGUUAAAAUGAUGUCAAACUUCAUCACUUUCAGUAAUCGUAAUAAGUUACAUAACAGAGUCUGUAAAAUUCAAACUGAAUAGUGUGGAGAUUCCCAAGGUUGAAAAAACAAAAUUUCUUGGUGUAACUAUUGAUUCAAAAUUAACAUGGAAAUUUCACAUACAGAACAAUAUAUUUAUAGAGAAGAAAAUCCAGAUAAUUGUACUUUUACCAACUCAUAUGUUACGAAUGUUGUACUUUUCUAAUUGUUAGUUUGGGGAAGUACGUUCUGUCUAAUCUAAAGAACUGGUCACAAAGCAAAAUAAAAUUGUAAGAAUCAUAGCUGGAGCAAACGCUAGAUCAAAAGUUAGUACAACAAUAAUAUCCAGGACUUUAAGGUUUGGUCCAACUGCACUUACGGAUGCAGAGAGGAUGUAAACGGAAAAGAAUCUUGCCAUCCGUUAGAAAACGUUAUCCGUCCAAUGUGAUUUCAUUGUUCGCCCAUUUUUGUCCAUUGUCUGGAGCGGAUGAAACCGGGGGAUGAAAACGGAUGGAGCCACCCCGAUUGUGCUUGUCCGCUGUAUCCGUUAUGAAUACGUUUUAUGUCCGUCGGCCAGUGGGACCAGGCCUUAAGCUGCUCACUUUAAAAUAUAUUACCACCUACCAGCGAUUCAUUUUUAUCGGCUUAUGCCUGUGCAUUUUGUUUAAUACAAAUCAGGAUUUACAGAUAAAAUACACGCUCUUCUUCAUUCGUACUUUUGCCAAGACAAAAGCCGUGUAUUUAUCAACAUAAUAUUCGUUUUAUAGGUCGGGAAAGUGGAACAAAGUACAUGAAGUAUCUAAUGACAUCAGAAAUGCACAAUCUUUAAAUUGGUUUAAGUUUAGACUAAUGAAAUAUGUCCGUUCCCAAUAUUGAGGGGUUUGCUUUGUUUCAGUGUGGGAUUUUUUGUUUACGAUUCAUUAACUGUUUCAUUUGACAUAAUGUGUAUAGUUGCCAUGUUUUGGUCGUUAUUUUUUACUGUUUUUUUUUUCUUUGUUUUUGUUGUCUACUUUGUAUGGAACUCUCGCUACAAGAUGUGCUUUCGGAGUUGUCACGUCCUUUAUAUUGUAAAUUUGUAAAUGUAUUAAUGUUAAUCACCUUUGGCCAUUCUUCAUUUCUAAAGAAAGUAGAACCCCAUAGAUUUCUAAUGAUUGAAUUCGGGUAGAUGAUGACGCAUACCCUGUUCCCUUUUAAAGUACAUAAUACAAAAGUUGAAAUUUUGUUUUAAGUAUUCUUAAGAACCCGGUGAUGUCUUUAAUCAUGUUAAUAGCGGAAAAUGAUGGCGAAACAAUAUAUUGUAUCUAUUAUUUGCAAACAGUUCUCUCUGUAGUGAAAAUGUACUAAAUUGGUUUGCACUGAAAUUUGUUAUCAUUCAAGUGAUUGUGACAUAUUUUUUUUCUGCAUGAAAUCUGUAUAGUAAAAAUGUAACCUAGUAUUAUAUUUGCGCUACUAUAAGACAAACAAUAAAGAAAUUGGUUUAGAAAUUUGACUGUGAA